CUCCGCCACGCCCACCGGUUCCUCGCUGCCUGGCCUGGCUUGCCUCCUCAGUGGCGCUCUGCGACCGGCCAUUUGCGCUGCUCUGCUCACCUGCUGACCUUGCGACGGCCACUCGGACGCCGGAGGCCCCAGACGUCACCUUACCUACCUUAUUUCGCCCGCGUCUCCGAACCCUUUAUCGCCUUCGCAAACUUCGCGCAGACUUUCGAAAACAUCACAAUUCUCUAUACAUCAAAUCUUCACACCACAUCUCGAAAGACAGUUGCGAUAUUCGAAAUGUGUUCCGCAGACAUCUUCCUCGGCCUCUUGGCCCUGCUCUUCCCCCCUCUACCCGUCUGGGUGAAGCGCGGCAUCUGCUCCGCCGACUCCAUGAUCAACAUCCUCCUCUGCCUCCUCGGCUACAUCCCCGGCCUCAUCCACGCCUGGUACAUCAUCGCCAAGUUCCCCGAGCCAGACUACGAGUACGAGUCCCUGCCCCAGCAGGACCGCGAGGGCGGCCGCGUGACGUACGUCUUCGUCCACGGCAACGGCAACGGAAACGCCCCGCACACCCGCCAGCCCCAGCAGCAGCCCCGUCCCUCGCACCACCAGCAGGGCGCCAACGUCACCUACGGCACCACGAACAACAACGCCGGCGGCUCCAGACAGCAGCCCCAGGGCGGCGCCGGCGAGGGCAGCAGCGACGGCGCCGUGCCGCCCAGCUACGCCCAGGCCGUCGCGGGCGACAACAAGAUUCAGACGAGAGAUUAG